CCGAAAAUAUGAGAUAGCUGUGUUUGCUGUUUUCGUAUCGUCUUUCGUUCUCGUGGACGUGGUGCGCAAUACCGUGUUUACCGUGUUGCCAAGCUUUCUUAUUGGUUGGUGCACGCUUCGUUCGUCGGAGCGAAUACCAGCCUUUGUUCUACGAUUCAAAUCGACCAAUGCGCGGGAGUCUGCUGUCAAAAGUCACCGCCGCAAAGUGUCCCCGCGCGUCUACAAGCAAGUCAACGAUCAACGUAGUCUCGAGGUGACGCUGAGUACGGCCAUUAUUCGAAAUUCGGUGGGUCGCGCCACGACCAACGUUGCCACGUUUCGGAGAGCUGGGAGUAUAACAUCAUCGUGUUCCGUGAACGAUUCCUGGAAGAAUCAUCUCUCCGUAAUUGGGACGUGUGUGAACAAAGCAUCGAAACUGAUGCAAAAACGGACGGCUUUUAAUCUCGUGCUGUGCGCGUGUUAAAGAGUCCGAUAGAAGUGUGUGGUGGCGUGAGCAACAGCAGCAAGUGGGGCUGGAAUCACGAUCCAAAAACAUUGAGGCACGGAACGACAAACGCCGGAUAGAGAGGAAAUCGCCGCGACGAGAAGUGGGAGAGUGAGACACAGAGCAGGUUGCUUCUCGGUUGAAAUAUCAUUGGUUAUUGGUAACUGGUACAAGGGGACGGCGACGUUGCCAGUGCAAAAAGACUAAAAAAAUAUGAGCGCACGAGUAUUGAAUCCGGUGAUGAUGACGGAAAUGAGUAGGAAUUUGGGUGGAGGUCGAACGGCCCCGAGUCGAGCAGCCCUUGCUCGUGUCAGAAGGGAUCUGUUCGGUCCUGUCGAUCACGCCGCCGCUCGUGCAUUAGCAGAACGGGAGCUUCGCGCUCAAUCUAUGCUCGACGCCGAGAGAUGGGGAUUCGACUUUCACUUGGAGAUACCGCGGGCAAAUUCAAGGUACGAGUGGGAACUCGUCACGCCGCAGGACGUGGUACCAGAGCCCUAUGCUCUGCGUGGUAUGCCCUACUUAAGGAAACACACACCUGGCACGCCUCGUAAGUCCCGGGAUUCCUCACCCACCACGAAAUUCCUUCGUAAAGAGACCCCGGCGACUCCGAUCCUUCAGAAAGCGGAAAGGACGCCGCCGCAAGAGCCAAGGGUACCUCAAAUUGGAGGCGAAGUCACCAUGAACGAAAUAUUCGACCUGGAGGCGGAUAAGAAAAUGUACAUCGUCGAACCCACUACCCCCAUUUUAUCGACCUCCGCGACGAGGAAACAGUCCUCCAUAACCGACUUCAUGAAGAGUCGCAAGCGUAGCCUAAACGGUAGCGCGAAGAGCAUGAUAGAGCCGCCGGAGAAAAUGUCCCGCAACGCGGGUCAGAUACGCAGCUAAGGAGCCUCCCGAGCUUCCUACUUCAGCCUCGCUGUCCUUCCAUCUCUUCGCGCGAGAGGGGCAGGAAACACUGGAAGCAAGCAAGAAAGCAACCAAGCAAAGCAUCACUGCCGGGAGGAACGAGAAAGGCAGAGGCAAGAGAGCUCUGGCAGGCAGGAGGCGCGCGAGGUCCGUUGGCUGUGCCAUUCACACAUAGAUUUAUCCGCCAUGAAUAUAGAGACGGAAAACGGUGGCCAGUGAAAAGAAAAAUAUGUCGCUCCGUUUUUCGUUACGACGUAUAUACUACACACACAUACAUACACACAGCAUAUAUAUAUAUUUUUCGUAGCCAUGCCACGGAAAUUAUAAAUUAAUAAUAACAACGACCACGUAACGAAGGACCGGACACAGAAGGAAGAACGAUACGCCGCGGUUGUUGCUA